AUGUCCGACGAAGAUCCCGCCGGCGGACCCCCGCUGCCGCCGCCAUUGCAGCAGGAUUCAGCUGAGGAUCGCGUUCUUACUGAAGAUGUUAUAUCGAGUUGCAAAACUUUCAAGAAUCAACUGAUGGAGUUUAUACAGAAGGAGCGAAUUCCUUCACCUGUUUACGAGACGACCAAAGAAGGUCCCUCGCAUAAACCUAUCUUUCAUUCAACAGUGAUAGUGAAUGAAGUACGUUAUAGCUCUCUUCUUGGCUUUGGAAGUCGUAAAGCAGCAGAGCAGUCAGCAGCACGGACAGCCCUCUUGGAGCUAGCUAAAUCUGGUCAAGGCGAUUGUAGCAUUUCUCAACCAGUUCAUGACACCGGGCUAUGUAAGACCCUGAUUCAGGAAUAUGCUCAGAAGAUGAGUCUUGGGAAUCCUUUGUACGAGCAUCAAAAACAUCCUGGAAAUGUCUUUCAAUGUUCUGUGGUGAUUGGAUCGAGGAGGUAUCUUGGAGAGGUGGCACCAUCCAAAAAAGUAGCUGAGAAAAAGGCUGCAAGAGUAGCUUGGCUUGCUAUUAAGGAAGGACCUGCAGAGGUAUCCAAUCACUCAGCUGAGAAGUCCUUGGUGACAGUAAGUCUUAGCAGGAAGAGGGUAUUGGAAGCCCCGAGUAUCCCAAACGAGACAACCAACACCAGUCCCCAGGCUAAGAAGGCUCGAUCCAGAAAGAAACAUCAUGGGAAGAAGAAGAAGAAGCCUGAGAGUCAAUUACCAGAAAGUGGACCAAGUGAACAUACUAGCAGUGAUUGUCAUUUUGAAGAUGGUGACCCUGGAGCGGCAUUGGAACAGAUGAAUGUCAGCAUUUCAACACACGGACUCCAGCCACCGUCUUCGUCGCAGCUGGAUUCAGCUGGUGAUCGCGCUCGUACUCAAGAUGGUAUAUUGAGUUGCAAAAACUUUAAGAGUCAACUUCAGGAAUAUGCUCAGAAGAUGAGUCUUGCGGAUCCUCUGUACCAACUUGAAGACCAUCGUAGACAUGGUUACCAAUAUUCUGUAGUGAUUGGGUGGAGGAGGUACCUUGGAGAAGUGGCAACAUCCAUAGAAGAAGCAGAGAUAAAAGCUGCAAGAACAGCUUGGCAUGCUAUUAAGAAAGGACAUACAGUGGUACCAGAUAGAUCAACUGAGAAGUCCUUGCCGGCAGCAAGUCUUAGCAGGAAGAAAGAUGAGGACUGUAGUUUGAUUACAGCUGAAAGUAAAGUCCACGUCUUCCAAGCUAAAGACACAUCCAAGGAGAGGAACUCUGGCAUUCGGAAAAUGUUGGCUAAAUUGAAAGAGGGUGUAGAGAAAGAUGCGAACUGUAGUUGGAUCACGGCUCAAGGUAAAGUCCACGCCUUCGAUUCUAAAGACACAUCCCAUGAGAGGAACUCCGACAUUCAGAAAAUGCUGGCUAAACUGAAAGAGGAUGUCGAAGCUGCUGGCUACGUCUCGGACACCAGUCCUGCUCCCGAUGUUUCAGAAGACAAAGAAGAGAGAUCGGCCGAAGCUUGGCAGCACAGUGAGAAAAUCUCUCUGGCAUUCGGACUCAUAUCCAUCCCUCCUGGACUACCCAUAAGCAUUCUUAACAAUCUGAGCAUCUGUGGUGAUUGUCACAACACCUUCAAAAAUGUCCGACGGACAACAUUCCGGCCGGCCCCGGGCGUCGUCGUCGCAGCAGGUGUAUCGAGUUGUUACAUCUUCAAGAGUCGAUUACAAGAGUAUGCACAAAAGGCAGGAUUUCCUACACCUGUAUAUGAGACAACCAAAGAAGGCCUUCCUCAUGAACCUUUCUUCAAGUCAACGGUAAUAGUCAACGAAGUGAGAUAUGACUCGCUUCUUGGAUUUAUAAAUCGUAAAGCAGCGGAGCAUUCAGCUGCAGAGGUGGCCCUCUUGGAGUUAACUAAAUCUGGUCAAGUGAAUUGUAGGAUUUCUCAACCAGUACAUGAAACUGGGCUCUGUAAGAACCUGCUUCAGGAAUAUGCUCUGAAGAUGGGUUACGCGAAUCCUUUGUACCAGCAUGAAAAACUGGAAACACGAAAACAUCAAUGUGGUUACCAAUGUUCCGUAAUGAUUGGAGGGACAAAGUACAUUGGAGCAGUGGCAACAUCCAAAAAAGAAGCAGAGAUAAAAGCUGCGAGAAUUGCCUGGUUUGCUAUUAAGGAAAGUAGUAUAGAGUUAUCUGAAAGAUCAACUGAGAAUGCUAUGCUGACAGUAAUUCCUAGCAGGAAGAGGGUGUUGGAAGCUCCAAGUGUCCCAAUGGAGACAACCACCACCGCUCCCAAAGCAAAGAAGGCACGAUUCAAUAAGAAAAUGCCUAGCAAAAGAUGGCAUGGGAAGAAGAAGCCCACGAGUCAAGUACCAGAAAGUGGCCCAAGUGGACCUAUUAGUAAUGCUUGUCAUUCUGCAGAUGGUCAACCUGGAGCACAGUGUCAACACAUGGCUGUCGGUGGGCAGGCACAGUGCCAAUAUCCAAGAGGAAUGGAAGGUGCUCUAGGAGAAAGCAUCAACAGCAAUCCUACUCUAGACAAUAAAAAUCUGAUGUUGCAACAAAUGGGCGGGCAUGGUGCCAAUAUCCAAGAGGGAAGGAUCAGUGGCAAGUCAAGCAACACAGGAUGGCUUACCCUCUGUUGUGGGAACUCUGGUGAAGACUCCAAGGGAGAUCCAUCAGUAGCAACUGGUGCCCCAGGGGACAGCGCACCAUCUGCUGUGGGAAGUUCGACACCUGCUCUUGUUGGUGACAAAGGCUGCCAGACUGCCAGUGUCAAUCACACCUGUGGUCAAGAUUUUGCCGGAGUAUUUGGAAACUCCAUGGGAGAUACUACAAUGGCAAAUGGAGAAGUCACAGAAGAUGGCAGACUGUCUGUUGUGGGAACUCAGGCCGCUGAUGUUGGUAGCCAUGGAGCCAAUAUCCAUCACCCAAACGGUGAAGAUUCCAUUGAAAUUUUACAAGAAUCCAAGGGAGAUACAACAAUGGCAAGUGGAGUGACGGAGGGUGCCAAAUUUUCUUCUGUGGUAACUCAGGCAGCUGAUGUUGGUGGUCAUGGAGCCAAUAUCCAUCACACAAAUGGUGAAGAUUCCACUGAUAUUUUACAAGAGCCCAAGGGAGAUACAACAAUAGGAAGUGAAGAUGCCAAACUGUCUGCUGUGGAAAGUCAGGCAGCUGAUGUUGGUGGUGGUAGAGCCAAUAUCCAUCUCACAAAUGGUGAAGAUUCUACCAAAACUUUUCAAGAGUCCAAGGGAGAUACAGCUUUGGCGUGUGGAGCCACAGAGGACUACUUAUUUUCUGCUGCUGGAACUCAGGCACCUGAUGUUGGUGGUCAGGAAGGCAACCAUGAAACCAAUAUCCACCCCUCGAGUGGUCUGCAUUCCACUGGAACGAUUCAAGAUUCCGAGGGAGAUACAUCAAUGACAAAUGGAGCCACAGAGGACGCCACGCCAUCUGCUGCUACAGAGGAUAUUGUAUUAUCUGCUGCUGAAACUCAGGCACCCGUUGGUAGUCAAGAAGGCAGCCACGGGACCAAUAUCCAUCACACGAAUGCUCUUGACUCCACUGGAAUGAUUGACACUUUCGACGGGGAUACAUCCAUGGCAAGUGGAGCCCCAGAGGACGACACGCCACCUGAUGUUGCUCGCGACGAAGGCUACCAGACUGCCAACGUCCAUGAAUCCAAUUGUGGCGAUUCUACUCGAGCAAUCGAACGCCCCAAGGAAGAUGAAACUAUUGCUGAGGGGAGCCAUGGAGUUAGCCAAUUUGCCAAACAGCUCAACAGCUGA